ACUUGCCUAGACAGAGUUCCAGUAUUAGUAAUUACUAAUUAGUAUAAUUGAAUGGCACAAUAUAAAUGCAACCACAGGAUGGUUUUAUAUAUUCUUACCCUCCAUAGUUUUAUACAUGAAAAGUUCUCGUUGAAACUUUUGGCUAAAAACGCAUACUCAAAAUCGGUAUCUGAAAAACGCCAGAGACUCUGGCCCAGAGUUUCGCCUCUGUAAGAGUACUCUGAGAUCGUUCGGAUAAUUUUACAUCAUCCUACGAUCAUAUUAUCUACGAUGUUUCAAGGGCGCUAUUUAUAAAAAAUAUAACAUUAAAUUCAUACGUAAAUAUAAAAUAUAAUAUUAUAAGCUUAUUAAACUAUCUGAUUGUGCUACUCUGACGUUUAAUGAGUCUUAUGUAUCGUUACUAAAAAAGAACCGUAUUAUUAGUUUUCCGACUUGUAUAGGUUAGGUGAACCUCUGUGUGCCGCACUUUGUUAGUAUUGAAAUGAAAUUUAAACUGAUAUAAAAUGUUGUUUUCGGUAUUUAAGAAAUGUGCAUUUCGCAUGCAAAUGCGAAAUUUUUCGACCUUUCUUGUGUGUAAUAGGAGUCAAAUUAAAAAUAAAUUAACUCAUUAUUGGACAGAAUUGAAAUGUACGAGCACAAUAAAUCCAAGUCUUACAGUACAUCACCGGUCAUUCAACACUGCGCCUGAAGAAAAAAUAUAUUUACCACCGCUAAUGGAUGUUCCACUAGUUUUAUAUCCUACUAUCUUUUCUUGGUUAAAAGUGUGGGCUUCUAGUUUCGCAUUUUCGUUUACUCUUGAUAAAGAGUUUAAUCUCGAAGAGUUCACGAAUGGAGCUCUGCAUGCAAUACAAUUAGUGUCCCGUUUGUUAGCUGCUCAACAGUAUGAACAACUAAAUGGCCUUGUAGAAGACAAGACAAUAGAAAUAUUAAAGCAGAGUGUUAGUCGUCUGACAGAAGAACAACGAAGUCUAAUUACUAUAUCGGAAAACUGUAUUCGUACAAUUGGUCCUAUUGAUAUGAGUAUCAAGAAGAGUGAAACUGAAGAUAAUAAUUAUACUGUUGAAAUAUCAAAACUUGCUUAUUACACUAAAUCUGUAAGCAUGCCUGAAGACGAUUCACUGAAAGAUCAGAAUGUAUUUGAGCAGAUGGUUAAAAAUUUAAACCAAAGAUCUAUCAUUAUUUGCAAUUAUACAUUUGAAAGAAAUUACGUGAAUGGUAUAGGUAGAGAUUGGAUUAUAUCUAUAGCAAAUCAUUUUACACCUGUAGCAGAUCAUUUUGCACCUAAAAUAUUUCGUGGAACGAAUGUUUAAGCAAGAGGAUAUUUUUGGGUAGUCCACUUCCAUGAUGGCAUACAAUAUGGAAAGUUAAACACAAGUAUGAAUUAAACAAAUGUAAAUAUUUCAUUUCUUUGCAUUUUCCAUGUCACAUCCAGUUAUGUAUGUUGUUUUCUUUUAUAAGAACUAUAUAAUAAAAAUAUGAAUAUGUAUAUUCAAGAA